CUGACUUGCGUGAUUUUCGCACGUGCAAAUCGCUUGCGGCCUGCUUCAGGUUCAAGCCCCCCCCGUCAAUGCAAGUAAACAUGCCGGAGUCUAGUAACAAAAAAACAGGCUCUGGCACGGUGGCGAGUCUUGCCGCGCGAGCAGCUGGAUAAACAGCACUCCAAUCUGGCCACCAGGAGGGGAGUCAUGACCAGAGGACCUUGCUAUAGUGAUUGCUCAUCUCUCGGGCGCCGCGAACACGCCAUGGCACAUGUGCGCGACACUUAUGAAGAUGGCAUUUCCCUGAGUCGGUGAGACCGCGGCGAAAGGAUUUGAAAGAAGCGGGAUGCCCCAGAACCGCACGAAUGAUGGAUCGCCUCACGAGAGUGCGUCACCCCACUGUUUUGAAGUGCGCGUCAGCCUUCGCCUUCAAGCGUGUCUUCCAAGAGCAAUCCGCGGUGCAGUUCGCGCUGGCCAGGUGAUGGCUGACCGAAUAGUCGAAGGGCAUUCCAAGGCCUAGCCCCCUCCCCUUCUCGAGCAACUGCCACCCGAGAGGCUGCGCUGGCACGGUGGCGGGACUGCCGGAGACCGCCGAACAUGCUCGAGGAAACGUGCGCCUCGCCUCCCAAAGCAGGAAGGCAGCGGGGCGGCCAGCGCACGCCGCAGGGGCGGGGCGAGAAAAGCGGCUGUGAAACUCGGCCCGCGCGCACGGCGCGGCAGGCUCCACUGGCAUGGGUCGCCGUCUGCUCGAAUCGCACGACCGGCGAGGAAAGAAGCAGUCGACGGGGAAGAGGAGGCGGAGGAGGGAAGAGCAAGACGGGAGAAAAAGAAUGAAGCCGACAUCGCAGACCCCCCGGCCGAGGAGGGCGAGAAGACAGCGGAGCGAGGAACCGAACGAGGACGAGGGAAGGCGAGGAGAGCGCGAGGACGAGGAGGACGUGGCGGGCGGAGAGAGGACGCGGCGUGAGGGCGGGGACGUGCACCAACGUGCACGCCCGCGGCGACCGCACGCGAGCGAGUGGCCAGCGCUCCAUGCGCGCGGGAACUGGCACAGAGGAGGCAGCCACGCGGCACAGGCACAGAGACAAGCGCGGAGGUCCGCGCAGAUCUCUCUCUGGCAAGGGAUAUAAACUUGAGCAGGGACCGACCGUCCCGGCAUUCCUAUAGGCCUAAUUACCACGACAUGUUCU